CCAAACCAUUUCGUGAUUCCAUGAAAACAAAGAAGGGCCGAUCCAGGGAGCAGGCGGCUUUCACCUGCAUUCGUGAGCUCCAGGCGCCCUCUGCUCUUCACGCUGGGGUUGAAAGCAGCAACAAAAGAAAUCCUGUGCCAGCCUGACCCUAAAGCUGUGCCAGGGCCCUGAACCUCCCUCUGCUCUUAAACCCGCCUUCAACAGGGAACUUUCAUUUCCUUCUGCUUUAAAACCUCUCCCUGCUGCAGCCUGUGGGGUCCUGGGCAUCCCAGUGCAAUCAGGGGCUGUGGCUGCGCUGGUGGCGCUGUCCCUUGUCGCUAUCCCUGCCCCGCGUGGCCCUCCUCGGAAUAUUUCUGCCUCGGAACGUUUCUCUUCGCUUGCGGUUUCCGCCCGGCGCGGGGGAACAGCGGGAAAAUGGCGGCGCCCAUGAGGCGGGGGAGCCGCGGCCCCGAGCCCGGCGCGGCUCCCUACGGGAACUUCCCAAAUUAUUCCCGGUUCCACCCGCCCGAGGGGCGCGUCAGCCUCCUGCCCCAAGGGCUCCUGUGCAGCCUCUUCCCCGCGGCCACCCGCCCGCUUCUCGGGCUCGAUGUGGGCUGCAAUUCUGGGGAGCUGAGUGUGGCUCUGUACCAGCACCUCCUGGGGCUCCAGGACAGCGAUUCCAGCCCGGAGCCAGCGGGAGCCAGGAAGGAGCUGAAGCUGCUGUGCUGUGACAUCGAUCCUGAGCUGAUCCAGAAGGCCCAGCAGAGCAGCCCCUUCCCUGCCUCCAUCUCCUUUGCCAGCCUGGACUUCAUGGAUUCGGGGGCCAGGGAGCCGUUCCUGAGCUCCUACCUGGAGCGCUUCGGCCGCUCCUCCUUUGACAUCGGCUUCUGCAUGUCUGUGACCAUGUGGAUCCACCUGAACCACGGGGACAGGGGCCUGCUGGAGUUCCUGGCCCUCCUGGCCUCCCUGUGCACGUUCCUGCUGGUGGAGCCGCAGCCCUGGAGGUGUUACCGGGCGGCCGCGCGCCGGCUCCGGAGGCUGGGCCGGGACGACUUCGAGCACUUCCGAUCCCUGCAGAUCAACGGGAACAUGGCCGAGAGCAUCACCCGCAUCCUGACCCAGGAAUGUGCCAUGGAGCUCGUCUGCUGCUUCGGGAGCACCAGCUGGGACAGGAGCCUCCUGCUCUUCAAAUCCACCAGUGCCCAUCCUGAGGGCUCCGACUGAGGAAAAGCCUUGCACAUCCAUGGAUUCGUGGGCAAGGAGGCAGAUCUGGGAAUUCCUAAAUCUCUGUUGGGACCAGGCCUUGACUUCCCAUGGAAAUCCAAGGCAAGGAAUGUCUGUGACUGAUCUUUUGGGACAGUUUUAACUGGCUUUGUGGGGUGUGAGGUUGUUCAGGGAAGUGCUCCUGGAAUCCAAGUUCCUACAUGUGCUUUUCAUGUGUAUCAAGAAUAUUCCCUGGAAUAACAGGGGAUAUGCCCAAGGAAAUGUAAAAUGUCCUGAUUGAAGUGGCUUCACAAGGAUCCUCGAGUCCAGCCCCUGGCCCUGCACAGGAUAUCCCAAAAAACCCCUCACUAAUCCCAAAAUCCUGAUGCCAAGUUGUCCAGACAUUCCCAGACCUCCAGAAUCAUAGAAUAUCCAGAGCUGAAAGGGACCUAUCACAGAGUCAUGGAACAUCUGGAGUUGGAAGGGACCCACCUGGAUCAUUGAGUCCAACCCCUGGCCCAGCACAAGACGUCCCAAAAUCCCACCCAGUGCCUGAGGGUGUUGUCCAAGCACUCCCCGACCUCCAGAAUUAUGGAAUAAUCAGAGUUGAAAGGGACCCACAAGGAUCAUGGAGUCAUGGAGUACCCUUAGUUGGAAGGGACCUCCAAGAAUCUACAGCUACAACUCUUGGCCCAGGACAACCCAAAAAUCCCACUGACCCCAAAAUCCCAGCACCCUGAGCUCUGGCUUCUUGGGGCUGUCACUAUUCCCUGGGGAGCUGUUCCAGUGCCUGAUACCCUCUGGAUGAGGAACCUUUUCCCAAAAUCCACCCAAAACUCCUCCCAGGACUCAGGUGAGGCACCUGCAGGACAAUCCCCUCCCUGGACCCAGCACUCCUGGCUCCACUCUCCUGGGACAGGGUUCAUCCCAAACAGUGCUUUUGGGAAUAAUAUGCUUGAAGUAAAAAUCACAGAAUUUUAUCCUAAA